GUAGUUGGUAGAAGUAACAUGAAUUUUGCUUUGGCAAUUUUGUUUUAAGUGAUUUAAGCUAUUUUAAAUGUUAAGUUGUUCGAGUGACAGGACAAUGCAAGUAUGUGAAACAUCAACUGCCUGCAGGUUAUAUACAGCUAAAAUACCUGCAGUUGCCUGCCAAUGGCGUCUAGGGACAAGGGAACUAACUCAUUAGCCAAGGGAACCAAUCCUUGAUCAGAUGUCAGAGAUUGUAACAAUUUAGCACAAAAGCCAAAUUUCAACAAAAUGGCACAUAAAUUUAAGAAACGCUUAGGAAAACUAGAUGCCAUCUGCGCAAAAUUGAAGUUGAACACAGUUCCAAAGGCUGCUGAAGACACUGAACUUUGGACAUUGCCUGUAACAAAUGUCUCUAACAACUCCAGUGUACCAAGCAACUCCAUUCUAAAUCAGGAAUUCAGUAACAUUAAUAACAAUGUAGUUGGAAAGAAAGACCUUAACACUUCACCAGAAUCUUUGAUUGAAAACGGUGAAAUUGCAUUAGAUUUUAGUUGUAACACUAAAAAAUCUAUUAGAGAAAACUCUGUUGAUAAUGAUGAGAAGGAUUUAACAGAUGCUCCUGAGAAUAAUGAAAAGACCUCAGAUGACAAAACCUCUGUUGACCGUUCUAAUCCAACAGAGAAUGAGUCUAAAGCAGGUUCUAAUAAGAGAAAGAGAAAAUCUGCAGUGCCAAGAAGCAUAAGCCAGGUGAAAGACUUUUAUGAUGAAAAAGAUGAGAAAGACGAACUGGAAGAAUAUGAAAUCAAUAACCUGAACACUGAUUUUCCUCCUGAGGAAGAAAGUGAUCAUAAUCUAAGUGGUUCAGGACAAGAAUCCUUAAGUAGGUCGCUAUACAACGAUCGCAACUCGCUGGAGCUAAACCAAUCGAAAUCCUCCACAAUCUCGACACAGUCAAAAGAGUCAGAAAAGUCUAGGAAAGAGUCGUCAGAUCAACUUUCCAUUCCUUUAGAUCUCAGUCUGAACAGAAACAAGCCUAGUGUGGUUCAAAAUGACAAAAAAGAAGUGAUGACAGAGGAUGAAGACUUUACAGACUCUGAUGAUGAUAUUGAAGAUGAGGAAGACUUCUUUAAACCAGAUAAAAAAUUUGUUCAAAACAAAGAAAAACAAAAUCCAUCUUCAUCUCCAAGUAUCCCGUCACUUAGCUCUUCCACUUCCAGUCUUAACACAGCCUCUUUGGCAGACCCAUCAUUGCAUCUUAAGGACUUUGCAGAGAAUACGAUGAACGAAUUGAUCUCAAUGUAUUACGGGAGGCCAGGGGCUGUGGAUUCCGGGAAAUACAUCCCUCUCAAAAGUCUCAAGCACAUUCCACCAUAUUCCCAGGGCUCCCCCAGUAACGUGCACUCACUUGGGUUAGCGAAAUCAGAGGGUGUGGCAUACUCUCAGAAUCAGCCCAUGAGCAGCGAAGAUGAUGAAUCACAUGACAACAUGACCACACCUGUGAAGGGCAUCUAUGCCAACUAUGUGAAGUCUUCCGGGCCUUCAACUUCCGGUAGAGGAGGAAAGUUGCAGAAUGACCGCUUUACCACUAGUUCGUCCUUCAUCAACGCUGUUUACAGCAAGACCCCUGGGACACCAAAUGUGGGGGGCCAGAUAUCACCGGCCCUUCCCAACUACUCAAAGUACCUUAAAAGGUAUAACAGCGGGAUCGAGUGCGGUGGUUCCCACUGCAAGGAACUUGGGUACCGGGAACAUUACCACUGCAUCGACUGCUCCUUCCAGGUGUUUGCUAAGAAGGAGGAGAUGGUCCGUCACUACAAGUGGCACCGUAAACGUGAGGAGUCCCUCCAGCAUGGCUUCUUGCGCUUCUCCCCCAUGGACAACUGCUCCAAGAAGUUUGGCCAGUGCACUCACAACAGCAAGCAGACACACUAUCAUUGCCUGCAGCCGGGUUGUGACAAGGUGUACAUUAGCACCUCGGAUGUUCAGAUGCAUGCAAACUAUCACCGCAAGGACUCUGCGAUAAUGUCAGAGGGUUUCCAAAGGUUCCGCGCCACUGAGGACUGUGGGACGCCUUCGUGCUCUUUCUACGGACAACGAACAACCCACUUUCACUGCCUGAGGCCUGACUGCAAGUUCACAUUCAAAAACAAGGCUGAUAUGGAGAAGCACAAGAGCUACCACCAAAAGGACGAGGUGCUGGGUAGGGACGGCUUCAAGAAGUUCAUGAAGUAUGAGCACUGCAUGUACACCAGCUGUCGCUACUCCAAACUCAGCAACCAUAUACACUGCAUUAGGCCUGGCUGUGACUACGUUCUACACUCCACUGCCCAGCUCUACUCACACAAGCGCAAGCACGAGAAGCGUGACUUUGAGAGCGCGUACAAGAAAUACCGUCACCACGGCUCCCUGGGCCCACAGACGCCCCUGUCUAACCUGUCCAUGUCAGACAUGGGCAACUCCUCUGCCAGCAGUGUGAACAGCAGUCCGGUAACACCUGCCGGUUUUGGUGGCAGCAGUGGGAUGAAGCGUCAGCUGGAGCUAGAUCAGUCUGAGCCUCUUGAGCUGAAGAGACGAAGGCAUGAGUCCGGAUCAGACGUGGAAAUGUCAGCUCCGUCGACGCCUAGCGGGAGAUCAACUCCCGGGGAUAAAAUCUGGCAAGCAAAGUUGCCUCGGUCUGAGUCCAUGGACGGUGAUGACACAAGCAAUAACGAGGAUUCUAGGGACUAUAGUUUCCUGGAGAGAAGACAUCUGGCCAAUAUGGAAGCUGAAAACCUCAGUCUCAGCAGUUCGCUGAAUUUGCCUAUUCCAAAACUUGGCGAUAUAAAGACUGGUUUGACGUCAUUGUCAUCAUUGCCACCAACAGCGUCUGUAGCUGUCUCGCAGAGUGCUACCACCAGUCUGCAUCUUGGCGCGUCUGUUGCAAGCCCUACACCGGACCAGCUUUUCAAGCCCAUGACCCCAGAGAAGGCGACCUCUUCCGGUAUGUUAAAUAACCCUCCAGGGGGUGGUUCCCUGAUGGCUAUGAAUCCUGGUACCCUGCUUACUGUGCCUUCCACCCACGCAGGGGCCUCCAUUGCCCUGCAGCCACCAAAAUCAGUGUACACUGAGAGAAGGGAGAAAGAUGACUCCUGGAAAACCUACCUAGUUAGGUACACUGCUAAUGACCCCUGCAAUCCGCGCUGUCAAUACUUAUACAAGGAUCAUUACCACUGCAAGAUCGAGGGCUGUCUCGUACUGUUUAAGUCCAAGGACGGAGUGCGAGAACACGCUAGGUUUCAUGAACUCCAGGACAGGAUAACUCCGAUCGCCUACCAGACGUAUGAGAGUGCUGUCCCUUGCCCAGAGAAGUGUCAGUAUAGUGAAAAGGAGAAGCACUUUCAUUGUAUAUGGACGGGAUGUAGUCACGUUAUACCCUAUAUUGGACCCACAUUUGGCCGACUUGAACACUACCGAAUACAUGAAUAUUCCCGAACGUCAGCCGGAAAGUCCUACAAUCGGGGCGGUUCCACAAAGCUGGGCAACAUCUUCGAUGACAACACUAUACGUCGUCGAGGGAGACCGCCAAAAUACCCCAAGAUUGAACUUCCGAAAAUCCCGAAAGUUGAACUCACUGAUGAAGAGAUACGACAAUCUCAGAUUACCCAGUCUGUAGAAAGCCCUGGAGACAUGAAAGUCCUUAAUGGUUUCCGGGUGUUCUCCCCAGAAGAUCCUUGCCCGGACGAUAAGUGCAUCUUUAUCGGUAAACUGCACUACCACUGUGCUAGACCGCGCUGCAAUACUAUCACCGAUCGAGUCGACGUUCUUAAUUUGCACGCCAAAGACUUCCAUAGUUUCGUGAACAUUCUUGAAGGCUAUGAAUUCUUCGAUAGAUCUGUAAGCUGUCGCAGAUUCCACUGUCCAAACAACCAGACGAAUCGUCACUUUCACUGCACGCGUCCCAAAUGCGACUACUCCUUCAUUCGUCACAGCACCAUGAGUCAACACGAGAAGAAGCAUCUCGGUGCUCGGAGUUUGUCAAUGGAGGGUAUUGACUCGCAAACGUCCCCUUCUAGAGCUUCUGUCACUCAGCCCAGCCUCGUAGCCAAUCAUCUUCAAGCUUCUCUGUCCAGUGUGAAGCCGUUGCUGUCCUCCCUCAUGCCUGUUGCCGGUCUAUCCGGGACAUCCAACAGAACCACGUUCAUCUCUCAGUCUGGGAACCAAAUACCAAGGCUGACACAGGAAUCUGUCAUUUUUCCGACUCCUCAAAACCUGGUUGCUAUGGCGAUAGCUUCCUCUUCCGUGGCUAUGGAAACAAGUCUAGUAAAGGGCACUGCUCCCUUAAGCACUGUUCAGUCGUUGCCAUUGACUGCAAAUCAAACUUUUCCUGGGUUUCCCAACUCAUUAUUCACUUUGGAUGGAAUGUCAAUAGAUUUAAACAGUAUUGAAGCCAUUAGAAAGAAUGUUUUACUGAAUGUCUUGCUCAAGCCUGGUGGAAUGAACCAAAUUCCUCAGCCAAGCUGGAAUGAACUGAGGGCUAAAAUGCACUAUGGGCUGUCUCAGAUUUGCGGUAGACCUUUCUGCAAAUUGAAGAAAAAAGACCAUUAUCACUGCUCUGAAUGCGACCAGGCAUUUUCAGACCCAGCUAGGUUGCGGUCGCAUAUAGGAAAGCAUGGAAUUAAAUUAAAUCGCGAUAUAACUGAGCACACACCCAUAGCUCCUAAACCUGCAAACCUCUCAUCUCAGUCCCAAUUAGCCCCAAUGUCAAAGCACUCUGUGCCUAGCAACACUGUUGAUAUGGAUUCACAGGAAGCCAAAUGUCUUUCUGAUGCAAACAUGGAAACGAAAGAUACAGAUGAUGAGGAUGCUGAUGAUGUGAAGUCGUCAUCACUUAAUCUCAAUCCGUCUAUGUUUUCACAGAUGAUAUUCAAAGCUCAGGGACAGAGUAAGAUGGGGUCGGACGAUGAAAUGAAUGGUGAAGAUGACGAUUAUGAUGAAACGUCCCUGAAAAUUGAUACAGGGAGCGAAAUUGAUGACUCACAGGGGGAAACAAUUGAAAAAGAAAAUAAUAAAUCUAUUAGGUCAGGUAGAAAAAUAACAAGAACCAAGCAUGAAGACUUUAUAAACAGUGAUGACCUGAGUCUAGAUAAACCAAGACCACAGAUUGCAUCUAAAAAUGGACAGAAAACAACACCUAGACCGCAGCAUGCAGCCACGGAAAGCAACAAAGUAGUUCCUACCGGCCCAAGAUCUAUGCGUGAUGACUCGAUACCAGACGGUUACUCAAGGUGGCGCUACAACGAAGAAUGCAAGUAUCCAAAGUGCGCAUACAAGCACAGCGUGACACAUUUCCACUGCAUUCGCGAGGACUGCGGCUACGGGUUCAGCGACCGGUCGCGACUCAUUCAGCACACGCUGCGUCACGAGCGUAUCGACAGUAUCACCGGGGGAGAGCUUCAACAGUUCAGGAUCAAUCAGGACUGCGAGAUCGCAGAGUGCGAGCACAAACUGAAGAUGUCGCACUUCCACUGCAAACGAUGCAACUAUUGCUGUACUGACUCCAGCAAGGUCCUCACGCAUCGAAAGCAGCAUGCCAAGGCAGACAAGAUUAUUGGGCAGGGUUUCGAUAAGUGCUCACAGGCGGAGGAUUGUCGGGUGACUGGUUGUCCCUACUUGGGUAAACAGAGUCACUUCCACUGUAAGCUUGCAACCUGUAAAUUGCCGGUUCUUGGGCCUACACAGAUGUCGGCUCAUAGGCACCGGCACACAAAUGAUGGUGAUGUUGAUGGUUAAUUGUGUAGAGUAUGAAGAUGAUAGUUUGUGAUUCUGAUGUUUAUAUUUUUGAUGGUGUUGUAUGAUGAUUGUUAUAAUGCAGAAGAUGUCAUUGGAUGAUUCUGAAAGGCAUGGUCUAUUGUUAUGAAGGCGAUUAAAAAUGAAGUUUAGCUUCAAUGAUUGUCAAGUUUGUGGUAAAUUAUUUUAAAGUUGGGGUCAAUCAUUUUCAAGUUUGGCUUCAAUGAUUGUGAAGUGCACCAGCUAUGAUGAUGAAAAAGUUUAGUCAGUAUGAAAUUCAUGACAAAUAAAGCGAAAGUUGAUAGUAAAUGUUGAAAUAGUUUAUGGAUAAUGAUGAAAUAGUUAUGAUUAAUGUGCUAGAAGUGUUGACUGUCAAGUCUUUCUGUAGGAAAAUCUUGCAGUAAAACAAUAAACCCAACCAGGGCGUUGUGGGUAGUUUGUGUAAGAUUUAUGUUGCAAAUAUUUGUAAAAACAAUUCUUUUAAUGAUGGAUUAUGUUCAGUUCAAACUUAAUUCCACAUUGUUUCACAACUUUGCUGUUCUAACAUUGCACAUUGAUGUUUAUCAUUAAGAUUUGUUUUUUUAAUAUGUAGUCCUUUUUUUUACCAAAUUGUUUUAACAAAUUCUUUGGCGAAUAUUUUCUUUUUCUUAAUCUGCUUUGUUCAUCGAAACAUUGUUAUUAUAAAUAUUCAAAAGUAAAUAUAUUCUCACUUAUUGUGUCUAAUUGUGUGCAUAAUAAACAAUAGAAAAGAUUUUAUAAAAAUUGAGUGAUAAAGAAUCAAUAUUGUUAUAUGUAUGGUUCCAUGUAUCAUUUGUCUCAAAUGUUGAGAUCUAAAAUGUUCCAAAUGAACGUAAAUGCAUGUUUUUACACGCACACACACUUACAAACAAAUGUUUAGUAGAUAUACCAUUCGGGGUUUAAUUCUAUACUCUGUGAUAAACAUAAAGUGCUGCUGUGUUUGUUAUAUCACUGCUGAGUUUAUCAUUUACGUUGAUGUUUGUGUAUUCCAAGAACUGCUGAAACGAGAUCAGUAUGGACUUUUCAUAUCCCAUUUUAGUCAUUUUCAAAGCUAACAUGCUAAUUGCUGAUUUUUCUGUACACAAACUUUAAUCAUAUCAUUGUUGAGUCACACAUAAGGAAACUCCACAUCAGUGUGUACUUUUAUUUACUGUGUAAAUAAAAAAAAUGUGGAAUGUUUCUUAAAUAAAAAAAAUGCUUGUUUCCAUGUACUCAGAAUUACGAAUGUUUGGUUAGAUUAGCUGAAAAUAUUUUGUGUAUUUGUAUAAAUUGUGUGUCAUUGGGGAAAAUUAUCAUGCAUAGAUGUAUAUUUUAAUGUUAAAAGAUUGUUUUGUUGUUUAAUUUAAAAUACUUCACAUUCCGAAAACUGCAACAUCUCAAAAGACAUUUCAUGAAUUGUUUACAUUCCAUUGUACGAUGACAAUAACUGUUGUUUUAACUUGAGCAUAAACAAGAAUAACAUGUUUCGUAGAAUACUGUUGACACUCAAGUGUGUGUUAUAAAAAUGAUAUACAUGUACAUAGAAAUGCAAGAGGCCUAGACCAUAUUUUCAUAAGAAAUUCAGUCAGGUCACAUUAUUUGUGGCAGAACAUGUUUAAUCAGACUUCUGCACCUUUUGUAAAUAUAAAUGUAUAUUGUUGUGAAACAUACUCAUUAUCAUGAUAUGUUAAUACAAAUUAUGCAAAUUAUGCAGAUGUUAUCUCAUACAAAACAUUCCACUUUGUAUUACAAAAUAGUUAUUUUUGUGUGUGCUAUUUAAUGUUUAUUAUGAAUAUAGUGUAUGAAGAUGUUGUAAAGUGUUACAAACACUUAAACUUUAACCAAUGAAAAAAUGCACAAAAAGUGAUAUCAUUAAUUUAGCUUAAUUAUGAAAUUAUUUAUUUUAAUUUGUGUUGUUAUGUUUUGUUCUCAGACAUGAUAUCUUUAAAUUCUAAAUUUGAAAAAUCUAUGGGUACUGAUUCAUCUUUUCUUAUUAAAGGAAACAUUAUCUUGUAUCUGUAUUUACCAAUUUAAAGGAAAUUCAAGGGGCCUGGUAAAGUUUGAUAACACCAAUAAGCUCCAUAAUUAAUAUUGUUUAUAAAAAUUUAAACCAAAAUAAAAUGUAUAACCCAGUUGCUGUAGUGAUUUGAAAAUUUAUAUAUUUAUGUAAAUAUUGUGGAUAUCUUUCUUUGUACUGGCUAAAAAAGCUUGUCCAUCUAUUACGUCCUGAAUAAAAACAUCAUGUAUAUGUAUUAUUAACACUUGUGAGAUGUACAUGCACAUCUUCAGCCCCUCUUUUGCCACCCAGAGGAGCCUUUCUCAAACCUUGGUGACUAGUCAUUCGAAUUUUGCUCCAGUAUAUUUAUUUAUAUUUACACAAUGUGAUAUUGCCGUUUGUAACUAAGUAACUAAGAAAUCAAUAAGUUUGCGCAUAUUUUAACAACAGUCUUACAUGUAAUAUGUCGUAUGGACAUUACGAAUGUUAAUAAUAAACUUUAAAUAUUUAUGCACCUGUAUUUAGAUUUUCUUAUUAUCAGAAAGACUCUUUAAGACUGUUUAUCAUAUGCUUAACAUGAAAAGUGAUUCACAUUGAUGUGAAUUGUUUUGAGAUACUUAUAAUAGUUUUAAUAUCAGGUGUUUUCCCUUAACAUUUAAACAUGUUGGUUUUUACAUUCCUGUAUUUUGGCAUUGAAUGUUUAUUUUAAAUUUUAUUUUACAAACAGACUCCACCAUGUAAUUGACAUUCCUUGAACCAGAGUCAAACAAAAGUGAUAUUAGAAAUAUUAGUAAUAGUUUAAGUAAAUUGAAAUUUACCAAAUCUAUAUAUGUCAACAAUAGAAGAAGACAGUUUUAUAAAGUUGCAAUAAUCGCAUUUAUGCAGUAUUUUGCCAUUAUAUGCGCCAUGCAUAAUGUUGACCCUGUUUUAUGCACCAUUCAUGUGAUAUAGUGACCAACUAGUCCUUAUAUUUAAGCUUAUUAUUAUUAUUAUUAUUUAUUCUAUUUUGUUAUAUAGAAUCAUAAUACAUAUUUUGUUUUUCUUAGUUUUUAGUGUGUGAUUGUGUUGGAUAAUUACAUGUCUCAAUAUAUUUUGCUUGCAUCCACAGAUGUGGAUAAUAUAAUGUAUAUACAUGUAUAUUUAUGUGAAAUAAGGUAUUUUUCUAAAAAUACAAACAUGGUAUAUAUGUUGAAAAAGGUAUUUUCAAUUGUUUAUUCCACAACCGUCCCAUUAAUCAACGAAAAACAAGUAUUGUGUGCCUAAGUCAUUUUUAUUAGUUUAUCAAUAUUGAAUUUCAUGUAUAAUGAAUAAACUUGUUCAUUUUGUAAUGGUGUUGCCUUGAUAUUUUAUUGAAUUAAUCUUGCAUUUUUUUUAGUUUGAUUUUUUUUUAGAGGAAACCAAACUUUACCAUUUUAUGACAUAAUUUCAAAUGUGUCUGUAUGAUUCUUUGUGUGCGAGGAAUUAACAUUAUCUUGCACCAGUUUUGUUAUGAGAUGAUGUUUGAGUUAAUUUUCUUGUAAGUUACUCGAGAGACGUAUGCAAAAUUAUGCAUGUAUACAAUUUAAACAAUGCCUGAUUGCGUGUAUAUUGGACUACAAAUUAAAUAUACACCAUUCUCUUCCAACCACAUUUUUAUCAUUUUAUCAUGAUGCUUUUUUUCUUUCCGAAUCAAAGUAAGUGUUUGUCAAUUGUUGAUUUAUGCCAUUUGUGAACAGAAGUCAAUAUUUAUUUGGUAUGUGUGGAUUUUUGUGUGUUAAUGCAGCCAAUCAAACUUGGCGAUAUUUGUUUAAAGAUCAAGCAAAUGAUAAUGUUAAUAAUGAUAUCAUCAUUAUAAUAAUAACAAUAAGAGUAAUUAUAAUAAGUUCAAGAUAAUAAUGACAACAGGAUCACUUUCAAUGAUAAACUUAUUUUUAGGAUGAAGAAUUGUAAGGUAAUUAUUAAAUGUUUUCUUUAUUGUAUAUUGUUUACAUUAAACUUGCAUAUUGAAAUUAACAAAUAUGGCUAGCCUUGCCAGGGCUUAAAGGUUUUUGUGAAAAAAAAAUCUUCAAAAGGUAUUUGUAUAAUGUAUGCCUGUGUAUUUUAGAAUCUUAAUUGAUUCUGACAUUGAACACAUAAUUAUGUGCAUGUGGAAAAAUUACAUGUAUCAUAUUACAAUUGUAUGUAGUAUUCUGAGAAAACUGGGCUUUAUGCAUGUGCUUAAAGUGUUGUCCCAGAUGAAAUUUUUCGUUUAAAUGAAGUCUCAUCUUAGCAAAAAUCCAAUUUUGGCGGAACGUGUCUUCCCUGAUUAGCCUAUGAGGACUGCACAGGCUAAUCUGGAACGACACUUUACACACAUGCAUUUUGCCCAGUUUUUUCAGAACACGACUCAAUUGUAUGCAGUGUUAUUUUUCCUGACUGUUUUGCCAGUAAUUUACUCAUUCAAGAUUGAAAUAAACAGAUUUAAGUGGA